AUGACAAUGCAGGCAGGGGACCUCUGCCAGCAGAAAAAUUCACAUUCUCCCCUCAUUUUCUUCAGUCCAACUUCCGAUUUUACUUCCUUCAUUGGAGGGUUGUUUCUCGAGCCCAAAAUUCCCGAUUCCUUUCUUCGUUCCGUUUCGUUGAAGAUUCACGCCGGCGCUUCUUUUGAAUCCAACCCUUGCCGCCAACGGAGGAGGGUUCAGGCCAGCUGUUUUUUGUCCGUGAGCUUGCCGACUGCAAAACUCGUCACUGAACCCAAACUGCCAAAUGGCGAACACUUGUCCCACCAGGACACCACCUCCAACGGCGUCGUUCAGCAAAGAAAGGUUAGGGUACGAGGAGGCAAUGCCGUCAACACCACCAAGCAUCUCUGGGCUGGUGCUAUAGCAGCUAUGGUAUCUAGAACUUGUGUUGCUCCUCUUGAAAGACUGAAGUUGGAAUACAUAGUUCGUGGUGAGAAGAGGAAUAUAUUCGAGCUUAUUAGCAAAAUUGCCGCUUCUCAAGGGUUGAGAGGCUUUUGGAAAGGGAACCUUGUAAACAUUCUGCGAACAGCUCCAUUCAAAGCGGUUAAUUUCUGUGCUUACGAUACUUACAGAAAGCAGUUGCUGAGGUUUUCUGGGAAUGAGGAAACUACCAAUUUUGAGAGGUUUAUUGCUGGUGCUGCUGCUGGGAUUACUGCUACCAUUAUUUGCCUUCCACUUGACACUAUUCGAACCAAGUUGGUGGCACCUGGUGGAGAAGCAUUGGGUGGUGUAAUUGGUGCUUUCCAAUACAUGAUUCGAACGGAAGGAUUCUUUUCUCUCUACAAGGGUUUAGUACCAUCAAUUAUAAGUAUGGCUCCGUCUGGUGCAGUUUUUUAUGGUGUAUAUGAUAUGCUGAAAUCAGCCUAUCUGCAUUCACCAGAAGGAAAGAAGAGAAUUCAGAAUAUGCAUAAACAGGGUCAGGAGUUGAGUGCCUUUGAUCAGCUUGAGUUGGGUCCAGUAAGAACAUUGUUGAAUGGGGCUAUUGCUGGUGCAUGUGCAGAAGCUGCUACAUACCCAUUUGAAGUGGUGAGGAGGCAACUUCAACUGCAAGUCCAGGCUACUAAAUUAAGUUCUUUUGCAACAUUUGUCAAAAUAGUUGAACAGGGAGGAAUUCCAGCUCUCUAUGCAGGACUUAUUCCCAGCUUAUUACAGGUACUUCCUUCAGCUUCAAUAAGUUUCUUUGUCUAUGAGUUCAUGAAGAUUGUUCUGAAAGUGGAGUAA